AGAAGAACCUGGAGAGGAACUUGGAGGAGGUUCUGUAGAAGAACCUGGAGAAGGUUUUAGAGAAGAACCCGGAGAGGAACCUAGAGGAGGUUCUGGAGAGGAACCUGGAGGAGGUUCUGGAGAAGAACCUGGAGAGGAACCUGGAGGAGGUUCUGGAGAGGAACCUGGAGGAGGUUCUGGAGAAGAACCUGGAGAGGAACCUGGAGAAGAACCUGGAGGAGGUUCUGGAGAGGAACCUGGAGGAGGUUCUGGAAAGGAACCUGGAGGAGGUUCUGUAGAAGACCCUGGACUGGAACGUAGAGGAGCUCCAUGAUGUUCUCUGUGCGCAUUGUGUGUGCGGAUUAUUACAUGUGCAAACCUGUGCAGCUGCUGGAUGUGUGUUACUCCCAGUUCAGAGACGCAGAGGUUCACAGGGUUCCUGUGGUGAGGAUAUUCGGAGCCACACCAGCAGGUCAAAAGACGUGUCUACACGUGCAUGGCGUAUUCCCGUACGUGUACGUGCCGUACGAUGGGUUCGGACAGGAGCCGGAGCGUUACCUGAGACAGGUGGCCUUCAGCAUCGACCGCGCCCUCAACGUCAGCAUGGGCAACCCCUCCUCACACACACAGCACGUCUUCAAGGUCACGCUCGUCUCCGGCAUGCCGUUCUACGGGUUCCACCCUCAGGAGAAGCCAUUUAUGAAGAUUUACCUCUACAACCCGCAGAUGGUUAAAAGAGUGUGUGAGCUGCUGCAGGGCGGAGCUGUGAUGAAUAAGUGUUUCCAGCCUCAUGAAGCUCACAUCCCGUUCCUGCUGCAGUUCUUCAUCGACUUCAACCUGUACGGCAUGAACCUCAUCCAUCUGUCUGCAGUGCGCUUCAGACGCCGCAGCCCAGAGCCCGGUGAGCAGUGUGGUCCUCCUGUAGAGGACGCUGAGGUUCUAAAGAGCUCCAGACUGAGCGAGGCUGCGCUGGGAGGGACGUUCGCUCGAUGGGACGAGACCCUCUUACCCAGCUCUCUGGUGUUGGAGGACGUGGCGAGGGUGAGUGUGUGUGAGCUGGAGGCCGACGCUGUAGCACCAGACAUCCUGAAUCGACUGGAGAUCGAGAGUCAGAUCGGAAGGAACCCUGGCCUGCAGGCCAUCUGGGAAGAUGAGAAGCAGAGACGAAGGGAGAGAAACGAGAGCUCGCAGAUAGAAACGCCUCAGUCUCAGGAUCGUCCGUGUGUGGAGCCGGUGGAAAGCGAGCGGUUCUUCAUGAAGAGGUUAAAGGAGAAGCUGAGAGACAAUCAGUUUGAUGUGACACAGAGUGACAAUGCAGAUGAUGAUGAUGAUGAUGAUGGAGACGACGAUGAUGAUGAUGAUGAUUUUCCUGACCUCUCACUUCACCCUGAUGAUCUGAGUCCUGACCUGCCGUUGGUACCUGCCAGCCAGGUGGAGGUGCACAAAGAAACACCCACAGACAAACUGUCUGAAGGUAAAGUUGCAGAAGUGGCGGUUGUGGACGAAGAGGCCAUUUUGAGCUUGCUGGAGAGCAGUCAGACUUUUUUGCCCAUGUCUCAAAAGUCCAACAAGUCCCUUAUUCUUGACUCCAGCCAGGAUCAGGAAAUGGUGGACUUUCUCGAGAGACUGGCAGAUCAUCGGUUUCAAAAAGAUGUGCCAAUUACAGCUCCUCGUCAGGAGCUAUCGGGAAGUCUUAGCUGCCCCUACAACAGUGAUGAGGAAGAGGCGGUGCCAGAGCUCGAGAAAGAGGAAGCGGAGCUAAGCAUGGUGAUGUCUCAGAGAUGGGAUACAGAUCUUCCGGAACCGUCGGCUCGAGUAAAGGAAGCAGAUGAAAGCUCUGGUGAGGAAGAACGCGAGUUAUCAGAAGAAGAGAUGGACUGGAGUGGAAACAACAGCCUUUUUGGCCACCUGUCUAUUCCCCAGCUGGAUGGGGCUGCAGAUGAGAACAGCGAUUCAUCGUUAUCUGACAAGGGAUCCCGAAAUCAAUCGUCCCUUACAGCUAAUAAUAAGAUGCUGGCCCGGAACAAUCAUUUCCAGAGUGAAACUGUUCACCUAGAGCCACCUUCCUCAGCGAAAAUCCUUCUGGAAUGCAAACACCCUGAGCAUAGACAGUCCCUCUCGUUUGAUAAGGUGGAACCGGCUGACAGUAACUUUCCUGAUAAAAGUGAAGAGGCUAGUGAGCCAUUAACAGGCCUCAAAGUUAUUAAAGACACUCCUUAUAUACCACCGGUCAAACAUCCAAUUCUGUCUCAAAUUGGUGCUGACAGAGUGGGCGGGCACCCGCUUUACACCAAUGAGAACAAAGCUGUGGGUAUUAACCAGGCAGAUCCAGGCAGUUUGAGUUUCGGUACCUCGAAGCUCUGUCAGAGCCGAAAAAAGUAUAGUAGCAUCAAAAAUGCUGAGAAGAAUCACAUCUCCAUCUUACAGAAUCACAGUUUUUCCUUAUGUUACUCUGAGCUUACAAAUUGCCCCCCUAAGUCUGAGCUGGAGAAAGUUGCAAAAGACUCUAUAACAACCUCCCCUCUGCUAAGGACUUUGGAGCAAGCUCCAAGCCCAAUAGAAGAUCUAGAGUGUCUGGUACCUCAGGAGGUUAAAAUGAAGCAGGACAGUGAAGAGGGUGAUGUUGGGGAACUUAAGAUUAGAUAUGAAGACUACCAAGAAAACAAAACAGAAAGAAAAAUAGUGGCUCAGCAGGAGGCACACUACAAAUUCUUUCCCAGUGUUAUUCUCUCAAAUUGCCUCUCAAGGCCUGUAAAGAAGCAGGUGGGAAGUAAGACAGUUGAUGGCGGUGGUAGCUUGGAUCAUCUAGAGCAAAAAAGGUCAAGAAUGAAAUUAAGCAAGAAGAAGAACAAUUUAGCAAGUCAAAAGAAGACAAGUCUAAAUGAAAGUUCCCAAAAUGAGGUUUUAGGUUCUACCUCAAUCAAGCCACUCCAUUCGAACGAGGAACCAGAUGAGAUAAAUGAGAUGGAAACUUCUGAUCUUGCAAAAGCUCAUGAUGUAGGAAAAGGUUUAGUGGAAAGUUCUGUUGAGGAAUGUUUGACAGACCUUGCUGACAAAAUAGAUUGCACUGAGGUGUCUAGUUUACCUGGCAGCAAGUAUACCUUACGCACAAAACGCAAAAUGAUGCAUUACGACAGUGAGGAUGGUGAUCACUCAAGCCCUUCUUCUUUUAAACAAGCCUUGGUACAUCAAGACAACAUUAAAGAAAACUGUUUUCUUACUGGUGGUCGAAAAAAGCGGAAGAUGUCUAAAAAAGAGCCACCAGUCAUAAUUAAGUACAUUAUAAUCAACAGGUUUAAAGGUCAGAAAAAUAUGUUGGUGAAGAUGGCUAAGGUCAAAGGAAAUGAGCCUCAAGUAGUACUGACACCAGAAAAGCUUAAGCAUUAUAAUAAACUUGCCCCUCUGAAAGACUUUUGGCCCAAGGUUCCCGAGUCCACAGCUGUCAGAUACCCGGUUCCUGAACCAAAGGUAAAAAGACACCCCAAACGGAAGUCCAAGGUCACACCACAGUCAGGGAAACUCUACAGCCUUCCAAAAACAAGUUUUGUAAAAGGCCGCAAGAUCUCUAGAUCUAAGAAGGUUAAAACCUUAUCAUUAACAAAUCUGCCUGCUCCUAGACCUUGCUAUAAUGACCUCACGGAUGACUACUGCAAGGAGUAUUCUGAUGUGAUGAUGGAUUUGGGGUAUCUCUCUGAGAGAGCGCCCAGUCCCACCGAUUCAACCCCGCCUCGAUGCUGGUCUCCUACGGACCCGCUUUUGGAGUCAGAGUCUGAUGCUUGUUUGAUAAACCCCUAUAGUGAUCCUUGUCUUGCUUUGCCUUUUGAAGGCAUGUCCGGAACCCAUUAUGGCAGUAGAAGCAGGCCAUCUAAACCAAGAAAGCUUUCUGGUGCCAGCCCAAAACAAAAAAAUAAAACUACUAUUAAGCCAGCUGAAUGUGUAUCUACAAUACCUGGAGAAGCACAAACAAAAAUCAGCCGUAGAACUUCAAGAAAACCAAAGAAAAUUAUUGGUAAUAAUGAUGAAACUGAUAAUAAGAAAGCUGCCCCUCAGAAAACCAAGAGGUCUUACAAGAAGAACCAGAUAGAGAGGCUGGAAGGGUCCUCUGUAGUUGUAGGAUCUCUAAAUAGUUCACCAUCACUGUAUCCAGCAGAUGAAGUUCCACCAACACAAACGCCAUCUGAUGAUUUGACUCCCUAUCAGCAUCCAAGCUUCACCCGAAAUAGUCAUCAGGUCAGUAGUGAUUCUCAAGCAUUACCAUGUUCCACUGAACCAAAAUCAGAGUUGGUCCAGUCAAGCAAUGGAGAGGAGAUAGUCAUCACUGUCCCUGCUUUACUACAACAAGGUUCUCAGUCUUCUCAGAGUGCUGCUAAUCCUUCUGCUGAGAAGACCACUGGAUUUCCGUGCUCAGUCAUAAAACAUAGUAACUCCAGCCCAACGUCCCUCCAUGUAAGUGAACACAGGUCCAGUCCAUGUGAAUUUAAAGCUGAUGUGUGUGAUGAAAAACAAACUUCUAAAGAUAUUCAUUAUUCACAGCAAGAGCCAAAGAUACUUGCCAAACCCAGGAGACGUCAGUCCAAAAAGAAGGUAGAAACCCCUGAGAUUACGACAUCCUUGAAUGUGUUAACGCAUGGACCUCAAAUAGAUGUUGCUGAGCCUCAGUCGGUGCCAAAGAAUGGAGAGACUCCAGCUCACCCAGAGAUGCCUUCUGGCAUUGCAGUCUUGAAGGCAUUGCUCCAGAGAAGACAGUCCAAGGACGGGCAGUUUUCUCAGGGAGAUAAAAGUGUAUCUAACACUAAACAAGCUUCUGAUGUUGCAAAACCUAGAAGGGCAUUUUCAGCGAAGCCAAGAAAGCCCAGAAUACCAAGAGCUCCAGUGCCAAAGGAGUUGAAGCCAAGAAGUAGAAAAGGAAAAAAAGGCAAAACAGAAGACAGCAUUCGAUUAGAAACCCCGGUUUCAGAUGGAAGUCCUGUGUUUUUGUCUGAUCCUGGUUUCGACAGCUCCUACUCCAUUGAAGAUAGCUUAUCUCCUGAAGUUCCUCAUAAUUACAGUUUUGACAUUAAUGCUGUUGGUCAGGCGGACUUUUCCAGUUUGUAUUCUGGUAGCCAGUUUGUUUUAACAGACAAGAACUUGCCACAGAAGUUCCUCAGUGAUAUCAAACAGGAACCAGUGUCCUCUCUGGAAUUGGAAAACAAGCAAGCAAAGGUCCUAGAUGAUGUUGAGAACUGCAUGCAAGGAUCUGAGAGGCCGGUUAGCCCUGAGCUCUUUGAUAGAUCCUCUGUUAGAGACCGCAAAUGUUUAUCAAAUGAGUUCAGUCUGUCUCUGCUGGACUCUGAGAGGGUUCUGAGAAACAGAAAUUGGGGAAAUUCAUUGUCCAAAAUACAUGGGAGUCACUUUCAAGACUUUCACUGUGAGAAGAGUGACCUGUUGUUAGGUCCUGAUCACUUUUUACCCCUUACAUCUGUCUCCUUUGCUGACAACGGUGUGUCCCCAACUGGAGAUUUGCUGGACAGUAGUGAGAUUUUCACAUCAACAACUCCCAGCAGUUCCCCUCGGUCUAUCAGCUCUCUUUCACAAAUAAGGGGCAGUCAGGUUCAGAAAACUACAGGAGUUCAUAUCCUCAAGCCCCUAAUGUCUCCUCCUAGUCGGGAGGAGAUUCUUUCUACCCUCCUCGAGCUGGAACUUUCAGAGGCCACCUAUCAAGAACCGUUCUGUAGUGAUCCUUCUGACAUACCUUUGCGACCAAGAGAGAUUGCUGGGCGCAAGCUUAUUUUGGAAACACGGUUAGCAAAAGAUUUAAAGGAGUUUGUUGGUGGUUUAUCACAAGAAGGUCUGCAGUUCUGGAAAACUGCAUUCUCUGCCAUGACGCGUCCAGGGUCUUCACCUUCCCGUGGCACUGACUCGUUAAACUUGACCAAAGACGAAAAGGAACAGCGCAGUCCGUCACCUACUAGUGAUCAGAAGAUCAUUCUGCUGCCUUGCAGAAGUGCUCCAAGUAGGGAACGUGUACAGCUCUGGCUGCAAGCUAAGAGACAAUUUGAGUGCCUUCAGAGUGAUCGCAAGAGAAGAAUCAGUGCGCAGAAUGUCAUGCCAUACCAGGACAAGAUAUCACCACACCACAAGGAGUCAGAAGACGAUUUGCCUCCUUCCCAGCUGCAGGUUGAGGCACUUGUAAAAGUGUCAGCAUUUCAGGCUCUCAGCAAGAUCGAGUUAACUUUGCCUCUCAGUAUAUCUCCGGUAGAGGCAGGCACCUCGAACAGUCCAAAGGAGAUAAAAUGUGGAACAGGGGCUGAAAUCAUAGGGGAAGAAAGCAAAGAUGAGGUCUCUUUCAAACAGACUCCAUCUCCAGACCCUUCCUGCCUGCCACCAUGGCAGCAAACAUCAGACAAAAUGGAUCCAGACAAGAAGAAGUCACAAUUAGGCAUCGGAAAAACCUCCCCCAAACUUGGCAGCUCUGGAGACCCUUUCUCACCAGAAGGUGUUCAACCAAAGCAGUUUCUCAGUCCGUCCCCGUUUUACGUAAAGGACCAGGAUGGAGAGAGUUCAAGUCCCUCCCUCCUCCACAGCACCCCCAUCCACAGCAGGAGAAGAAGCAAAGGAGUCUGUGAGCUUGAUGGCAGUCCUGGAUCUGAAGAUGUGGAGCCAAAAUGUCAACGGCUCCAGCGAAGACGAAGCAGCAAUCUGAACACGUUACGUAGAGUCUUAAUCACCACGCAAAUGAAGAAUCAGUUUGCUGGUUUGAAUGUACCCAAAGGGGAUAACUCUCAGAUCGAGGGUCCAUCACUGUGCAACUCGUACGGGUUUAAAGUCGGCAUGCAGAACCUACAGGAAGCUAAAGCGCUGCACGAGGUGCAGCACUUGACGCUAAUGGGUUUGGAGCUGCAUGCUCGGACACGCCGCGAUCUGGAGCCUGAUCCCGAGUUCGACCCCAUUUGUGCCUUAUUUUAUUGCCUGAGCUCAGACAGUCCACUGGCUGGCUCAGAGAAAAGGCAGAUAACCGGUGCCGUGGUCAUCGAUAAAGACUGUCGCUCCGCAGGACAAGGCUUGAGGAGCACAGCACCCCUGCUGGUCAGAUCUGGUGUUGCGGAUCUGCAGGUCAUUUACACUGUCGAUGAGAAGGAGUUGUUUGAGGAAGUGAGCAAAAUGAUGAGAACGUAUGAUCCUGAUAUUCUGGUUGGUUAUGAGGUUCAGAUGCACUCCUGGGGUUACCUGUUACAGCGCGCAUCAGCGCUCGGCGUCGAUCUGUGUCGUCAACUCUCCCGAGUCCCAGAUGAUACGAAGGGGAGCCGCUUCACUGAGGACAAAGACGAGUACGGCAGUGAGGUAAUGUCAGAGAUCCACAUCGUUGGACGCAUCACCAUCAACCUGUGGAGGAUCAUGAAGACUGAGGCAGCUCUGAAUAACUACACCUUUGAGAAUGUGGCGUUUCACCUGCUGCAUCAGCGCUUCCCUCUGUACACACACCGCACACUCUCAGACUGGUUCGACCACAACACACACCUGUACAGGUGGAAAGUGGUGGACCACUACAUGAGCCGUGUGUGUGGUGUGAUGCAGCUCCUGAAGCAGCGGGAUGUUGUGGGUCGCACCAGCGAGUUUGCACGAGUGUUUGGGAUUCAGUUCUAUCACGUCCUUACACGAGGCUCCCAGUACCGUGUCGAGUCGAUGAUGCUGCGCAUCGCUAAGCCUCUGAACUUCAUCGCGGUGAGCCCGAGCGCUUCCCAGCGAGCUCAGCAGAGGGCGUCUCAGGUCAUCCCGCUGGUGCUGGAGCCCGAGUCGCGAUUCUACAGUAACUCUGUGCUGGUGCUGGACUUCCAGUCGCUCUAUCCCUCCGUCAUCAUCGCCUACAACUACUGCUACUCAACCUGCCUGGGCCACGCCCACAGCCUGGGAACGUCUGAUGAGUUCAGGUUCGGCUGUACGUCUCUGCGUGUACCUCCUGAUCUUCUCUAUCAGCUCCGCAAUGACAUCAACAUCUCUCCUAAUGGAGUCGUCUUUGUUAAAGCGUCAGUGCGUAAAGGCCUGCUCCCGCGGAUGUUGGAGGAGAUUCUACACACACGCUUCAUGGUGAAGGCGGCGAUGAAGUCAUACGGUGGCGAUGAGGCUUUGCUCCGCCUCCUGGAUGCUCGCCAGCUCGGUCUCAAGCUCAUCGCUAACGUCACCUUCGGCUACACCGACGCUAACUUCUCCGGGCGCAUGCCUAGUGUGGAGCUGGGAGAGAGCAUCGUACACAAGGCCAGAGAGACACUGGAGAGAGCCAUCAAACUCGUCAACGACACCAAGAAGUGGGGGGCUCGAGUCGUGUACGGGGACACAGACAGUAUGUUUGUGCUGUUAAAGGGAGCGACUAAGGAGCAGGCGUUUAAGAUCGGCAGUGAAAUCGCUGAAGCCGUGACGGCCACCAACCCCAAACCAAUCAAACUCAAAUUCGAGAAGGUCUACCUGCCGUGUGUGUUACAGACUAAGAAGCGCUACGUGGGCUACAUGUACGAGUCCAUGGAUCAGAAGGACCCUGUGUUUGACGCUAAGGGCAUUGAGACCGUACGCCGUGACGGCUGUCCUGCUGUUGCCAAGAUCCUGGAGCGCUCGGUGAAGCUGCUGUUUGAGACGAGGGACAUUUCCCUGGUGAAGCAGUAUGUCCAGAGACAGUGUGUGAAGGUUCUGGAGGGCAGAGCCAGCGUGCAGGACCUGACCUUUGCUAAAGAGUACCGUGGCAGCGCCUCCUACAGGCCCGGAGCCUGCGUCCCUGCGCUCGAGCUCACCAGGAGGAUGAUGGCGUACGACCGGCGUUUGGAGCCGCGGGUCGGCGAGCGCGUGCCGUACGUCAUCGUGUACGGUUCUCCCGGCGUUCCUCUGAUCCAGCUGGUGCGGCGCCCCCUGGAGGUCCUGCAGGAUCCUGCGCUGCGCCUCAACGCUGCCUACUACAUCACCAAACAGAUCCUCCCUCCUGUCGCUCGCAUCUUCAGCCUGAUCGGAGUCGAUGUGUUCAGCUGGUACCACACCCUGCCCCGGGUUCAGAAGUGGUCCUCCUGUCCAGCAGGUGGCGCUGUAGGGGAUGAGCCCCUGAGGAAGGGGACGAUCUCUCAGUACUUCACCACGCUGCACUGCCCGGUGUGUGACGAGCUCACUCAGCUGGGAGUGUGUGAGCGCUGCAGGGCUGAACCUCAGCGCGUCGCCGUCACGCUGCACCACAACCUCCGAGUCUGGGAGCAACAGCACCACCAGCUCCUAAAGGUGUGUAUGAGCUGCAGCGGUAGUGCAGACAGACAGGCCGUUUGUGUCUCUCUCGACUGCCCCGUGUUGUAUAAACUGUCCCGGGUGAACAGACAGCUCCACAACGCCCCCUACCUGCGACAGCUACUGCAACAAAUCUAACACCACCUGUCUGUCUGUCCCUAUAUCUGUCUGUCUGUCUCUUUUUCAGUUAAUGUGGUGCUACAGUGUCAGUGUUAGUAUUAUUCAGUAUAAACGGUGCUGUGUGUGUGUGUGUGUGUGUGUGUGUGUGCGCGUGUGUUGCAGUGGUGCUUUAUAAAUCAGAUCAGAUUCAAGAUGCUGCUUUUUUUUGGGAUUCUGACAUUUUGCGUGUGUGAGUGAGAGUUUAUGGCGCGCGCCGUCCAAUCGGAGACGUCUCAGCAGCUACAGGCCCCGCCCCUUGUGUGAACACUGGAGUUAUGCUGGACGAGAACUGAGGAAAAAAACAAAACCUUUAAGUUUCAGUUCUUUCUUCUCUCGUUUCGUUCUGUUUGUCUUUACUUUUCUGUGGUGAUGUCAUGGCGGUGAUGAUGCGAGCGGUUCAUGAUCACGCUUAUAAAAGUCUUAAAACUCUAACGCGGAGUCGAGUUCCGAUCGAGACUCCGCCCUCAGUGUUAAUCAUUUAAAGUGUGUGUGAAUAAACACUACGCGGUGAUGAGACGAUCGUCCGCUCAGUCGCCAUCAGGACAUCCCGCUCAGGAAGAGGACAUGUUUAUAAACAGAGACGAACACAACCCCCCCACCCACCCCCCUUCAGGUCACCCGGCUUUUAAGGGUCCUGUAUUUUGGAUGUAUUUGAUACAGUAUUAAACGCCAACAUUUCAUAAAAAUGGCUGAACGUGUGAAUGAACCGUAAAGGGGAAGCUGAAGGAACCGAAUCACAAACGUGUGAUGUUUCACAGCUUCCUGUUUCGGAGGUUGUUCGUGUCGUUGGCGUGGUUUUAUGGAGUAAACACUAAUAACUGCGUUUUUAAAGGAGACGUUUCUAUGCUUUGUGUAAAUCGAACCUGAAUGUGUUAGCGGAGUGUGUAUAAAUAAAAAACGAAAAGUGUGUGUAUCUGUAAACUUGUACAAAGCUUGUGCGUUUUUUAAAGUUGUUGAGGUAAGGCUGGAAAAAAAAAAAAAACAGAAUGAAUUAAAUGUGACUUAUUCAGA